GUUUACGUACAACUGUUAGUCGAUACGGUCGUGUCUCUUGCAAACUAAGGAGCAAUGUUAACUUUAGUAUUAUUCGGUGUAGUAAUUAUUUUGUUGUCAUUGAUUUACUACUGGGCGUAUGAAAAACAAAACUUUUGGAAAGUGCGUAGCAUACCGCACAUCAGGUCACCACUUUUGUUGGGACAUUUCUACAAAACUGUCCUACUGAAAGAGAGCAACACAAGUGCAUUAAGUUAUUUAUACAACCAUCCAGAUGCUAUUGGCAAGCCAUUCGUUGGCAUCAACGUUUUUCAUAAGCCGACAGUUCUGUUACGCGACCCUGACCUGAUCAAACGGAUUUUAAUAACAGAUUUCCAACAUUUUCCGAACCAUCAUACCGGCGCUGAUCCAGUACACGAUCCGAUUGGCGGUCAAAGUUUAUUUCAAAUAAAAACUCCGCAAUGGAAGGAGCUGCGCGUGAAACUAUCACCGACAUUUUCGAGUGGGAAGAUGAAGCAAAUGUUCUACAUGGUGGAGAAUAUUGCAAAUAGCCUCCGCGAGACCGUUGAUGGAUUGGUGAAAGGCGGUGCACCUGAUGUAGAGAUGCGUUCUUUAUUGGCAAGAUUUACAAUUGAUUCCAUAUCGAUUGUCGCUUUUGGAACGGAGUCCGGUUGUCUGAAAAACCCGCAAACGUCUGAGUUCUUGCAAAUGGCAAAGAUUUCAUUUCAAAAUCGAUACGUGGAUAAAGUGGCGGGGCAGCUACUAUUUUUCUUGUCCAAUUUCUUCAAAGUCUUGAGAGUGAAGACGUUCCAUCCGGUGUUCGAAGCAUUUUUACGACGUUUGUACGACGAAGUGAUGAUCGACAGAAUGAAAAGUGGUGAAACUCGAAACGAUUUGAUUGAUGCAUUGAUUGCACUGAAAAAGGCCAAAGUUGGCAAAGGCGAACUGGUAAUGUCCGAUGACAUUCUCAUUGCACAAGCGGCUGUUUUCUUUUUCGCCGGUUUCGAGACCUCGACGUCGACGCUCGAAUUUUUCUUUUACUUAAUCGCAAAACAUCCAAAAAUUCAAACUAAAAUUCGUCAAGAGAUACUCGAAGCUUUGGCGAAGCAUGGAAAGAUGAAUUAUGAACUGAUUGCGAAUGACUUGCCGUAUUUAACUGCAACUCUCAAAGAAACGUUACGGCUGUAUCCAAUUCUACCAUUCCUUGACAGAGAGUGCGAUGCUAUGGAAGGCUAUUCGAUGGAACCGUACAGUUCAUUUAAAAUUCCACGAGGAAUGCCAGUCUAUAUACCAAUUUAUAAUCUACAACGAGAUCCAGAGUACUUCCCAGACCCCGACCAUUUCAUUCCAGAACGAUUUUAUUCAAAUAAUGGAACAACCAAUGAAUUUCUGUGGUUACCGUUCUCUAAUGGACCAAGGAGUUGUAUCGGCGAACGUUUCGCGAUGAUGCAAAUGAGGGUCGCUAUUGUGAGUCUACUAAAAUCGUAUUCCGUGGAAUGUACUGACGGUUCACCGAAAAGCAUUGAGCUCGACAAAGAGGGAGCGUUACUACAUAAUAAGCAGUCGAUAACACUGAAAUUCGUUGCUGUUUCGUAAUUCGUAACUCUAUUUGCGCUUGUAAUUUUCUAAUCGGAAUUGAUUUUUCAUCUACUAAUAAAGGACUGGUCUCUUAUA